AUGGAUCAGGACGCGGGCAUGCGCAAAAAGAGCAGUAUUAUAAUGAAAAAGGCUUACGACGUUUUGGAGGGAACAACGCCUCGCCUGUCAACGCUGGCGGUGGAGGCGACUGGGGCGGACGUCUCCAGUCCACCCCGCUACCCGCCGCGGAGCUACCCGGCCUACGUGUACCGCUGUAGCCUGCUGCCAACGGUGCGGGAGGCGUCGGCGCCGGCCGCGCUGGUGCGCCAGACGCCGAGGAUCGUGGUCUCGCCGCCGCGGAAGAUGGAGGGCAAACGGGACAGCGCGACCCGCGAGGCCCUGGAGGACAGGGACCCCAACGGCCUGAACCAGCAUGUCCAGAUAGUUUGGGACGACGUGGUGGGGGAGCCGCUGGGUGCUCGCAGCCCCGAGUGCGCCUGGCGGCUGAGCCACGUGUGCUUCAGACACGCCAGGGACGCCUGCUACACCCUUCUGGCGGUGGUGGCAGCUCCGCCCUGCGCCCUGCUGCUCGGCUGCGGCUUCGCGUGCCUCGCCUUCGAGCAAAUAUGGUGCUCCACGCCGUGCCUCAGAUGCGUGAAGGUGUACUUCGCGUCGCUCCGCAGCUUGGUGCAGUCGUGCAUGGCGGCGACCGUCGCGCCCGCCAUGGACGCCGUGGGCCACGCGUGCCGACACAUACGCGUCAACAACCGCCAAGACGCGCCCGAAGACAGGGACCCCCUAAUCGUA